AGGCAUACUACUUCAUCGCUCCAUGGUUGGUUGACAGUCCAACUCUUUCUAGAUUAUCUGCCGUGUGAACUAGUUUUCAGCAAAGGUUUGUCGAUACAGGGCAAUCUAAAUACGUCUUAGUCAUGAUUAAGAUCAUAACGACUUUCCAGUGUGCUUUGGUGGCCAUGUURAUGGGAAUUUUGGGCUUAGCAACCGAUUAUUGGAAGGUCUGGUGGAAGGAGGAGAGAGCUACCAACAUCACUCGAAUGUACAAUUCAGGCUUGUUCUUUGAAUGUAACGAGGCGACUAGUAAAUCUGUUAUCGUGAUCAAUCAUAAAUGUGGUGAUCUAGCUCAAACAGACUGGACUGGUGUAGUUAUUGCUUUCCUGGUAUUGGCUCUUCUAUGCCAUCUUGUUGCCUUCAUUUUGGCUUUGGUAAAUGCUUGUCGUAAAGGAGARCCAUUCCCUGUGUUCUGGGUCUGYGGGCUAUUYUUCUUUGCKUGUCUUUUUGUGAUCAUUGGUUUGCUUGUUUAUACAUUCAAGAACUGGCAGAGUGAUGUGUACUUCAGCUGGUCUUACGGUGGUGGCUGGUCAACUGUGGCACUCUCUGUUAUAGCUAUAGUGCUAAUUAUGGCAGAUCGCUAAUCMUCUUUGCAGUUUAUCAAGUUUUUUGUACCGCCCCACUUUAAAACUAAACAAGGCUGACUUCUAAAGAACAGUUUUUGUCUGAGAGCAUGAAUUCUUUCAUAGAAGACUUUGAUAAAGUAAAACUAAGUGGACUUUUUUUGCCCUUCUUUGUUUAGCUUGUAAUAUGGUGUCAUGUAGUUUACAUCAAAUUGAAAAAACGUUUUCAAGUAACAUCUACAGGUUAUUGUAGGUACACAGAUAUUCAAUCAUAUUGRCCUAAACAUGUUACAUUAAGUAGCAUUGUUCGUAGAGAAGGCCAGUGCAUGCAGUACUGUAGUACUCAUAGUACUUGCUUUCCCUGCUCCCUUUCAGUCUGUUUUUUUAAGUUAAAACCUUUGAUGAAUAAGCCUUUUGGAACCAGGCUAUGUUUUUUGAAUUAGAUGUAUCAUUAUUUUAGAAAUGUAUUCUGUGUACAAAGUGUGGAUGUAUGUUUUUUAUAAUGUAAAGUAGCACAGACAUUAAUUCUAAAGAAUAUAUUACAAAGCUACAAGACUAACAUUAACCUUUACUCCGACGAAGGAUUAACGUACGAAAGUAAGUUAUUGCACCUACUUUUCUACGGUGUUAGUGCUCACAAAGCCCUAACAGAGCCGAUGCAUUUAAUCUGUGAAACUUUAUAAAGCACUAAAUUAUGCUAAUUCCUGUAUUUUCUAUUGUUUAAUCAACACUAUUUUGUAGUAAUAAACUUAAAGUAAGAUUUGUUUCACAGAUUAAGUGUAUCCGCUCUGAUAAUUUAACAAUUGCAAAAAGCUUUCUACAAUGGAACCCCGACUUACAAUGCAGACACGCUUACUUUUUAUGUCAGCCAAUAUUAACCGUCAUACUUUUCUGACCAGUUAAUACUGGCGCUUUUUGGUGUCCCUUAUGUGCCUGAAAAACGAGGUUCCUCUAUUAUUGUUAUUGAUACAGCCAUUUGCAAAAUUCUGACAGUUAGCAUGUAACAACUGCAGUAUGGGUAAUUUCGUGUUGAAUAAGAUUGCAAAUCAAACUCUUGCAAUUUAUUCUCCUUAAGAAUAAUUAUUAAAAAACUAUAGUUUUGAUUGACUAAACAA